UAGCAUUUAAUUUAUUAGCAAUUAUAAUUAUUUAACUCACUGUGCAUAAACGUACUGAUAGUACAAAUGCUUUGUUAAGUCAACUCAAAGUCUAAUAAACCUAAAGUUUUAUGUGCGCAUGCUCGGAACUCCAUAGCAACAGCGCAUCAUGUCUGAAGUCGAACGAGCUUCGUUUAGGACUGAAGACUCGAGACCUAUGUCUCAAACUUCGGGACGGAAUUGACGAACAAUCUCACGUUUCCGGUCACGUCACUCUGCCAUCGGCAACAUUGUUGCACUCAGCAUCGCAGGCAACGUCGACAGCACAAGCACCAACUCAACACGUUGCUAAGCAAACAAAACGGCGAGAAAAUCCGUUUAGAGUUCCACCUGAAAACGAUAUCUUCAAUUUGAGAGACCAAGAAAAAAUGAAAGAAAAAGAAGAACGCGUGCGUCAGCGACGUUUGAAGGUGCAUGAGAAGACGACAUACACACAGAGACUGAAUGCUAGAAGUGGAGCGUUGAGGAGAGCCGUGUACAGUCCAACAUUUACAGAUGAUGUUCAACAGAAGAAGAAGGAAGCAGCAGUGACAAGAGCGGAUCCUUCGUUUGUGAUAUCAACAACUAAAGAUCGUCACGUUGAGAAGGAAUCUCUGGCUGAUUAUAUAGCCAAGAAAAGGGAGAUGUUUCUUGUGGAGUAUGCACUGGGAGUGAAACGAGAUGAGAUGAAGAAAUUGGAGCAGCUUGCUCAGGAAGAAGAAGCAAAAUUAGAGCAAGCAGAGCAUCACCUUGAAGAGGAUGCCAUCAUGUUUGAUGAGUUUCUCAAGGAGAAUGAUAAAAACUCUGUUGAGGCAAUUAAACAAGCCGAACAAGAAACGAAAUUGAAGUUGGAGAAAGUUGCUGAGAUCAAGAAAUUGAAUGCGCAGAUUACGUCUUUGAAGAGUGAAAUCUCAAAGAAUGAAGAGCAGCUCCAGGAGUAUCGACAUUACAAGAUGUUCCUUGAACGUCUGGCACCUCAGGAGUGGCGUCAUGAACAGGAAGCAAAACGAGCUCAGAGACGGAAGGAUCUGCAGGUUGCAAAGAAAAUCAUUGAGAGAACGAGUUCAAGUCAAUUGGAUCGCACUUCGAGUCGCGUAAGCAUCGGCAGCAAAGAGAAGAAGUUGAUGAGAAACCUAUCUUCCCUCAGUCUUAAGAAGAUAGCAGUGAAACGAACACAAUCAGUCGCUCAAGACACUGACAGCCAAGUAUCAAUCGCAUCUCUAGCAGUCAGCGAAUCAGAAGAGGAAACAGAAGACGAGGAUUGUGAGCUGUACUUCAGUGAUCCACAACAAUUGUUGGAUAUUUUUACUGAGUUGGAGGAGCAGAACCUGAGUUUGAUACAGAACAGUCAGGAAACUGAAGAGGCACUGGAGGAUAUGCGUCAGACUAUCAAACAAACGGAAGAAAAAAUGAACUGGGAAACACAGGCUCUACAGAAUCAAAUUGAGAUGCUUGAAGCAGCAAUCAGACGAGAGAGUGAGAGAGCAACGGAGCUGGAGCUGAAAGCAAAGAUGUUUAACUUUGGAGAAUUCAAAGCAGAAGACCAGGAACAAAUGCUGGACGCUCUAAACAAGAAAGUAGGUGAAGUGUACAGAAACUGCAUCGGUGAAAACGAAGCAAACAUAAUGACUCUACACAUGCUGACAAGCAUUGAGAACAGAUUGGAAGAACUCUUUGAGCAGCUUGAUGUCUUGCCAUCUGAGAAAGUCGAGGCAGCAGAGAAGGCAAAAGAGAAGGAGAGAAGACAUCACGCAAUGGAAUUGAAGAAGGAAGAGGAGAGACUGAUGAGUGAGGAACGAGCGAGAAGAGCCUUGGCACGAGCAAGAGCAGAACCAAAGAAAAAGACUGGUAAAAAAUUGAUGGUCCGUUCAGAACCUCCUCAGGCAAAGAAACGAGAGCAGUCAAUGUCGGAAGCAAUGGACAAGGAACAAGAAGAGAUGCAAUACUACUUUUCAUAGCCACACCAUCCACACCAAUAGUCAAUAUUUACAUAGAAUUUUAAAAAUAAAGGUAAUAGAGUGCAAUAGGAUAUUAUAUUUGGAGUUGAUGCCUAUGCGCG